CGCGCAAUUAGCCGCCGCUGGACUGUACUCACUGCACAGAGCUCAAUUAUCGCGUACAAUUACUCGAAUUACAAGAGCUGCAACGAAAACCGGCACGAUUUUGCAGCUGUGUGAGCUAUGAGAGCAAGAGCAGCAGCAGCAGCGCUCCUCUGCGCAACGCAGGCGGCCCAGGCCUUCCACCACACUCCCAGAAAACGCAUCACGGCACCAAGGGCCGCACCGCAAGGCUGGGAAGACCUCUCGAACGGCAAGGGCGCGUGCUGCGUUCGACGGCUUACGCCACCUCGAGGAGGCCCGAAGCCGCCGCCGGGCGCCGAGUGCAGCGUGCGCUGGACGGCCUGGCUCGCCGAGAAGCAGGGCAACUGGUGGUGCCGCGGCGAGAGGAUAGGGGCGCUGCAGCCGAACAGCACGUUAGAAUUCACGCUCGGCGGCGGGUCCGGCGAAGCGACGCGGGCCUGGGACGCCUGCGUGGCGACGAUGGCUCCCCAGGAUCGGGUGGAGAUCCUGGCGGGGCCGGACUGGGCCUUCGGCGACGGCGCGGAGCCGCACGUUCCCGCGCAAGCGCACGUCGUGUUCGAGCUCGAGCUGUUAAAUGUAAGGGACUGGGCGGCGGGCGUCGAGGUGUUCGGCGCGGAUCGGGUCGACGACGACGACGACGAUGUACUAAGGAGGGAGCUCGAGCUUGCCGCCGAAAGGAGAGAAAGGGGCGACGCGCGCGAGGAGACGGUCGAGGAGAAGGCGCUGCUCGACGACAUGGAAGAAGACCUGUUGGACGACGUCGUGCCGGACGACAAGGAGCCCGAACGACAGACGUACUGGCCGACCGGCGGCAGUAUUGAUGGGGAGACUCCAGAAAGGUGGCUAUGGCGCGAGACGCCCGAGCGCAUGGAGGUUGAUGUGAAGUUGCCGCGGGCGGCGCCGUCGGCGAAAGCCAUGAAAGUCGAGUUCGGUUCACAAAAACUAUCGGUGUCGCUGGAGGGUGCCGCGGUCGUCGCGAGGACCCUGGAGGGCCCCGUCGUCGCGAGCGAGUGCACCUGGGCCCUCUCCGAAGACAGGACGUGCCUCGAGGUGAUCCUCGCGAAGCGCAUCGAUGAUCAGGAGGCGGUCUGGGCGCGGCCGUUCCGGCCCGACGAGUGAUGCGUCGCCUCGUCGAUGUCGUAUGCUGUUAUUAAGUUGUGUGUGUUUGCGAUAUAUCCCGGAACGCCGCGCGCGUCGCAGCGAGCGGGUAUUCGCCUGUGUGAUGACCCAGGCGGCUGCAGUGCCAGCAAGCGUCGCCAUAUAUCAAACAAAACGCAGCACAUGGUCCCAUAGUUGUGCGCGAUCACCGCUGCGACAGCUGCGGCACGAAGCAAGCGAUUUCGCAGUGCUAGAGAGAGCAGCAGCUUGGAGAGCAUGGCCAGCAUGACCCUGCCAGAGGACCUCUACGAGCACCUGAUCCACAGCUACUGCCCAUAUGCUGUCCAGCGCCUCGACGGCGCCAUUCAGUACGCGCGGCCCGACGACGAGGACUGGUCAUCCCACGAUGAGCGCCAGCAGACGGCGCGCGAGCUGCGGUCCCUCGCCGGCGCGAUAGGCUGCGUGCCACUCCGACUCGUGUGCAAGCGAUGGCGCGCGAUCAUCGACAAGCACAUGGCCGCGACGCACCAGAGCCUGUUCGGCGUGCGGCCCUGCGCCGUGGCGGCGACGCCUCAGCUCACACCAGUCGACGCCGCCGACGCGGAGGCUCGAUUUGUUGGACAACCUCCGUCCGACGCGCCCGAUAGCGUCACGGGGCCCUGGAACGCGGCGGAGCUCGACGACGGCACCGGCACGCUGGUGUACUCGCACGCGCACCGGGCCGCGGCUAGGCGCCUCCACGCGUGCUUGGCGUGGCGCUCGGCCGCGUUGCAGCGGGACUACCCCGACUACACUGAAUAUGAUAUGUAUUUCCGAGGUUCGCUCGCCUGGACGGGCUUCCUCGCGGCCGCCUCGCACCUGCCCUGGCGCCUCGACGCGCACCACAUCUAUAUAGACCGCACGAUGGCGUCGCCGGACGAAUUUGCUGACGAGGAGUGGCCGGAGCGCUACUACUUCGACGGAGCUGGACACUGGGGCGAGGAAAUGGACGCGCUUUUGAACUUCGCCCGGGACCUGCUCCCCGACUCGCCGCUCUGCCACGGCCUGCACGUUAUCCAACACCUGCCGGAGACCGAGGCGCUGCCCGCCGGCGAGCGCAGCCGCUACGAUCUCAUGGGCCGGCCCACGAAAUACGUUCAUAGGGAGGGAGAGCCGCGCGGCGGGGCCCUUCUCGUCGACGAGCAAGCAGGUGAGUCGUUGUGCGGGCGGCCUCCGGGCGAGGUGCUCGAGGGCGCGUGCCUCUUUUCGUUCCGGGCGGACGGCGCCGAUAGCUGCACGCCGGACAAGUGGGACAGCCGCUACACCGAACAUGAGUAUCAGUUUGGUGAGCACCUGCGGCGGCGCGGCGGCCGCGCGUGGCGCGCCGCCGAUCUGGCGCACGGGUUUGCUCGCUGCUACAGUAACGCGGAGGUCGUGCUCGAUGAGGUACGGUUCGAGCACGAGGCGGUCUCGUACGCGCGGUGCGAGCAUUGUGAUCCCGACGGCGAUGAAGACGCUCCUCGGGCCCGGAACGCCACCGCGCACCUCAUAUUUCGAUUGUUGACUGACGAGCCUGGCGGGCGCGGCGCGUCGGAGCGGACGCGCGCGCGCGCUCCCUGGACUCCACCGGCACCGGAGUCCUGCCCGCGAGAUCCGUGGAAGGCGUACUCCUGCAUGCGCCUGGUGAUUUCGGGCACCGUUCACGGCCUCCCGUGCGCUGUCCCGGUCGAGCGCUUAGAUCGCGACAGCCCGCUGCGCGUCGAGCGGGAGGAGAGGGUCUUGUGGAAGAUGGCCGAGCUCGACGCGGCCCUCCCGGCGUGCCCACACGCGGCGGAUGACGGCGGGGAGAGCGUUACGGUCCAAGACUACGAACUCCGUCGGAACAAGUGGCUAUCCGCCUAUUCACCGGCCGAACUGCCGCGCGUUUCUUUUGCCGAGAGCGUCCUUGUGCGGGACGAGAAAGAACUCGCCGAACCGCUACAGGACAUUUAUGCGUCUCUGAAAACGCUGCAACCGGGCCUUACCUGGGGCUGCCGAGGUGAGGUCGCUUGGGCCGACGUUCGACUGGUCCACGCCGUCCUCCGAGAGUCGAAUCUUUUGGUCGCUGCGAAACUAGCUGACAAGCAAGAGCUAGUGCCUCCGCGCCAGGCGUUGCGCGCGUCGCUGCGGGCCAUGGGCUUCGGAGAAUGGGACGACGAGAGAUUGACCGCCGCGAUUAAAGCGACGAACCAUAGAUCGUGGGAGAAGAAGACGCCCGUGACAUUCCAGAACCCCUGGAAUAUUCGCUUUCUGCGCAUACCUCCUUCUUGGCCGGUUGUCGGCGUCGAGCAGGCGGCGCGACCGGUGCGCUCCUCAUUCACGUGUGAGUGCGCCCGCUGCCGAUUCGACGCCGCCUGCGGCCGGGAUCAGGAGGCACGGCGCAUCGGUGAUCUCGCCACGGGUGAGAGAUGGGGUGAUCUCGAGGACGGCGAUUACGCGGCGAAGAACCGCGCCGGCCGUGCCUGCGACGCGCUGCGCGCGCAACUACCGCUCUAUACGCACGCGGAGAACCCGCGCCACUACGGCGGCGAUGACCGCAAGAAGUUCCUAGUUGUUAAAUAA